AUUAGGGAGGACUGAUAAAGGACAGUGUCCCUCAGGUCUCCUCAUAGGACCCCAGGAGUGACAGUGUCUGUUUCCCCCUCAUCACACUCUCCAGGCUGCUCCUGUGCCGCCCCUCGAUGCAGGAUGCUGUUCUCUCCCUGCCUGCUGGGCUGCUCCAGGACCUGCUCCCGAGUGCUGGGGCUGAGCCUGGGGACUGCAGCUCUGUUUGCCGCCGGUGCCAACACAGUGCUCCUCUUCCCGAACUGGGACGUCAGCUACCUGCUUCGGGGCCUCAUAGGCCGGCAUGCCUUGCUGGGUUCCGGGCUCUGGGCAGGGGGCCUCAUGGUGCUCGUGGCUGCCACCCUUAUCUCUAUGAUGGGCUGGAGAGGCUGCUGCUUCAGGAAGAGCGCACCGUGUUGCAGCAUCCUCACUGCUCUCCUUGCCGCCGGCUUGGCUUUGGUCGGAGCCCUGAUAUGUUUCGUCACUUCUGGAGUGGCCCUGAGAGAUGGUCCACUGUGCAUGUUCAAUAUCUUGUCCUACAAUCAGACACAGGCAUGGAAAUACGGCUACCCAUUCAAAGACCUGCGGCACACGUACGAGCUGGGGACAUGGAUUUGUGGUCUUUUCAGAGGCACAAGGAGACAGGCAGAUAGAUGCUCCUGCCUCAACCUCCCAAGUGCUGGGAUUACUGCCACACCUGGCUCUGGGCCUUCUCUUGGGGUUGCUUGUGUGGCUUUCCUUGCUUACUCCCUAACCUGGCCUGAUUUUUGGGACAGGAAUUAUCUGUAUGACCGGUCGCUCUGGAGCUCUGUCUGCCUAGAGCCCUCCAUGGCUGUCGUCUGGCACGUAUCCUUCUUCUCAGUUCUCCUGUGCAUCAGCACCCUCCAGCUUCUCCUGGUGGCCGUCCAUUUCAUCAACAGCUUCCUUGGCCUCUUCUGCAGCCUCUGUGAGGAAUGAUAGGUAACACCCCUAGGUGCCUGGGGAUUCCUUCAGGCUGCCUGGAAGCCUUUCAUACAGUGGUGGUUAUGAAAGACAAAAGAGUAUCCCUUCGCAAUAUUAUUACAGCCGUGAUACCAAUAACAUAACUCUUGCAUGUAGGCUGUAUGACGUACUUAAAGUCACACAAUAAGCCAGGCAUGGUGGCAAGCACCUGUAAUC